UCCCUCCAUCUCUCCAUCUCUCCUCUCCUCUCCAGGCGGCAGGAUGGACGUCGUAAAUCAGCUCGUGGCCCAGGCUCAGUUCCGGGUCCUGAAGGUUCCUCUGGGCUUCAUCAAGGUCCUGCAGUGGUUCUUCGCCAUCUUCGCCUUCUCCACCUGCGGCAGUUACUCCGGGAUGUUCAAGAUGGCGGUGGAGUGUAAGAACCGGACGGAGAGCGACCUCGCCAUACAGGUGGAGUUCGAGUAUCCGUUCAGACUCCACCAGGUGUACUUCGACGCCCCCACCUGUAAGGACAGGGCCACGGACCGGAUCUUCCUGGUGGGAGACUACUCUUCCUCCGCCGAGUUCUUCGUCACCAUCGGCGUCUUCGCCUUCCUCUACUCCACCGCCGCUCUCAGCAUCUACGUCUUCUUCUACGACAAGUACAAGGAGAACAACAAAGGCCCGCUGAUCGACCUGGGAGUGACGGCGGUGUUUGCCUUCAUGUGGCUGGUGAGUUCUGCGGCUUGGGCCAAAGGUCUGUCCGAUGUGAAGACGGCGACCGAUCCGGAUGAGGUCAUCACUUUGAUCGACGCCUGCGAGAAGAAGGAGAACUCCUGCCGAGAAGUCCACGACCCGGUCAUGUCCGGACUCAACACCUCCGUGGCGUUUGGUUUCAUCAAUCUGGUCCUGUGGGCCGGAAACCUCUGGUUCGUCUUCAAGGAGACGGGCAUCAUCGCCCCGUUCAUGCGAGCUCCGCCUCCUGAGGGCAAACCUGCAGUCGACGCCUACGCCCAGCAGGGGGCGUAUGAACAAGACCCGUACGCCAGCAACCAGGGAGCCUACCAGCCCGAGUUCAACCAGCAAGGGUACAACCAGGAGGCAGAGUACGGUCAAGGCUACGGCCAGCAGGGGGCGCCCACCUCCUUCUCCAAUCAGAUGUGAGGCGACAGAAAGCAGGAAGUGCCGGAGUGAACCAGCAGUGGGUCGCCUGCAACCUACCCACAAUGCAACACUCCAGCCUGCCUGCAACAUUACAGGGUGGGGUUGGGAUAAAUGUUCACUGCUGUGAAUCAGUGUGUAAAUGAUGAAAAGAGAAUCUAAAUGAGAAAAGCAAUGCUGAGUAGAACCCAGAGGUUCUGGUUGACCUUCAUGUUCGGGUCUCUCUCUGUGGACAGAAUGUAUGUUUGUGUUGUAUAGAUAUCACUUAUGAACAGAUAUAUAAUCUCAACCCUUUCUUCUUGCUUCCUAUUGGACCCUGGGAUUUCUUGUUGCAAUAAGCGCCGCCCCCAAAAAACCAGAUUGCCAAUCAAUGCUGUUAAGACCGGGUUCAACGAUCUUGUUCAAAUCAGAACCAAACGAAGAUCUGGAUAGAAAACGAUGAGCCGCCGGUCCACCAGCAUCACCUCCCAGCUCUUUGUUUUGCUGCAUGUAAAUACCCACACAGGAAGUGAUGUCAGUCUGGACUUGUAGCAAACGCAGCCUGGACGCCGGAUUCCAUGGUGCCGUCCAUGGAAUCUAGAUCCAAAAUGGCUUCCUGUCAUUGUAAGUCUAAUUAACAAGCUGUGUGCAGAGUAUUUAUUACAUUCCUGCUGAAGAAUCAUCUGAGGACCCAAUCGUCCAUCUGAAAACCCAAUCGUCCAUCUGAAGACCCAAUCGUCCAUCUGAGGACCCAAUCGUCCAUCUGAAGACCCAAUCGUCCAUCUGAGGACCCAAUCGUCCAUCUGAAAACCCAAUCGUCCAUCUGAGGACCCAAUCGACCAUCUGAGGACCCAAUCGUCCAUCUGAAAACCCAAUCGUCCAUCUGAAAACCCAAUCGUCCAUCUGAAGACCCAAUCGUCCAUCUGAAGACCCAAUCGUCCAUCUGAGGACCCAAUCGUCCAUCUGAAGACCCAAUCGUCCAUCUGAGGACCCAAUCGUCCAUCUGAAAACCCAAUCGUCCAUCUGAGGACCCAAUCGACCAUCUGAGGACCCAAUCGUCCAUCUGAAAACCCAAUCGUCCAUCUGAAGACCCAAUCGUCCAUCUGAAGACCCAAUCGUCCAUCUGAGGACCCAAUCGUCCAUCUGAAGACCCAAUCGUCCAUCUGAGGACCCAAUCGUCCAUCUGAAGACCCAAUCGUCCAUCUGAGGACCCAGUCGUCCAUCUGAAGACCCAAUCGACCAUCUGAGGACCCAAUCGUCCAUCUGAGGACCCAAUCGUCCAUCUGAAAACCCAAUCGUCCAUCUGAAGACCCAAUCGUCCAUCUGAAGACCCAGAACCUGAAGGUUCUGCAGUUUUAACCCAUCAGCUCUACUGAUGAUCCUCAGUGAACGUUGAUUUGAAAUGAAGGUCUGGUCUUUUCUGUCUGAUGAAAAUUGCUGCUCGGAGACCCCAGAAAGAGAGGGAAUCACCAUGGCAACCAGUGAUUAUUUUCACUCAGCAGUUUCUUGUGACAGAUGAAUUUGUCCUCAGGUGGCCAUGUUGGACUUUCAGGCAGCUGCUGCGUUUGUAGGAAUUUCCCCAGUAAUGUGUUUGAGGUGAGACCUUCUGAAGGAUGAAGACCUCCAGACGCCUUCAGCGUCUCCGUGCUCUCAGCCAAUCACAGCUCUCUCUGGAACGUUCUCCUGAAAACUCUGAUGCUUCCUCCUCCUCCUACUCUUCUUCUUGGGUUGUUUUUUGAAAGUGAAGAUGUUUUUAGCGUCAGUAUCCUCCGCAUGGUGACAUGUUUUCUUUUUGUGUUGUUCAGUAACUGAAGAUCAGUGUGAUUCUACUUCCUGUUUCCUGUUGAGGUGUGUGUGAGAUCAAUUCCUGUCAAUACUUUAUCAGAUAUGUUUUCCUCUUCCUCACCUUCUGUGCAUCUUUUUAUCUAUUUUCUCUUUUCCCUUUGCUCUUCAUCUCCUUCUCAUGCCCUCCUCUUCCUCAGUUGUUCGUCCUCAUGGCUUCUCCUCUUGGGCUCUGUGAUGUAACUUCCUGUGAGAUGAAGUACUGCCCAGCAUCAGUAACCAUGGCAAUGGUAUUGACAGUGAUGUGUGUUUGUGUGACUUGUUGCCAUGGAGACCCCUCCCCUCCCUGUUUCUUCAGUGAAAAGUUUCAAUAAAUGAUAAUUGCUGACA